AUGGUUAUCGGCGGUUUUUGCGUUGCUGGUAUCGCCUUCAGUACACAGCCCUUGCUUCACGUCGUCACCUCUGAGGUCCUGCCACGCCGUUGGAGGGGAUGGGGCCAAGCAUCUAACCUCGUCUUUAUCACCCUUGGUGGUCUUCUUGGCCUCUUUGUCGGCGCUGCCCUCAACCGUUCAGGAUCUGCAGGAUCCGAUGGCUUUCGAUACUAUUAUUACAUGGCAAUGAGCUGCUUCUUCAUCGCUGCCGUUGUCUGCAUCAUCGUUUACAAACCUAGGCCUUUGGAGACUCAGACCAUGUUUACAACGGCUGAAAAGCUGUCAAGGCUCGAUUGGUAUGGUUAUGCCCUCCUUGCAACCGGGCUAACACUAUUCACCCUCGGACUUUCAUACUUCUACAAUCCAUAUCCAUGGUCAAAUCCGCACGUUUUCGCAAUAUUUACCAUUGGACUCGCUAUCAGCAUCAUUCUGGUUAUUUACGAAACAGUAUUCAAGAAAGAUGGCCUUUUCCACCAUGGUCUCUUCUCCCGAAACCGCAACUUCGCUAUCUCAUCUGUCUGCAUCUGUUGCGAAGGUGUGGCUUUCACGGCCGUUAACAUCUAUUUCACCUACCAUGUCAACACGUUCUACGAGAAAGACGAAAUAUUUGUGGCUAUCCGAUACAGCUUCAAGUAUACUAUUGCAGCAAUCUUCGCAUGCCUAGCAGGAUGGUUUUGCAUGGUCACUCGGCGGACACGUUGGCUCACUACCGUAUCCUUCGCGCUCUUCCUUAUCUUCUUUAUCUGUAUGGCUACAAGCGGCCGCGGACUCCGAUCGAAUCAUGCUGUAUGGGGAUACACUGUUUUCCUAGGCGCCGCAUUUGGCAUUACGCUUACCACCCUUGUGACAGUUGCCCAACUGUCUACACCUCCUGAACUGAUCAGUAUAGCCAGUGGCCUGAUAAUCAGUCUCCGCGCCCUUGGAAAUACAGUAGGGCUGGCCAUCUACAAUGCUGUCUUCCAUGAAGCACUUGACAAGCUGUGGGAGAAUGUUGCGCAAGCGGUUGUCCCUCAAGGCCUUUCUCCGCCAGACGUCCAGCGGUUCAUUGCUGCCUUGGAAUCCCACAAUAGCACGGAUCUCUACGCAAUCCCGAACGUUACCGAGAGCAUCAUCCAAAGCGGGACCACAGCAUUUCUUGACACAUAUGUUUGGGCCUUCCGAUAUGUGUGGAUUACGGCAGGAUGUUUCGUCUUUCUAUCAGGGGUUGCUGCGUCUUUUCUCAUUGAUGAACCGGAGCAGUUCUCAAUGAGGAUUGAUCACCCAAUCGAGGAAGAAGGUCUGUAUGCACUAUCUCGAGGGGGUGAGAAGCACCCUGUCUAA